AUGAAGAUGAAGCUGUUUGGAAGCAGCCCUACGAUAGACGGGAGAGAUAUUCUACGGACGCUAGGUUCGUUGGGCGGGGAGAUCUUCUCACAGAAAGGUGGACAUGAAUCAUCGCCACGGCUUGGCUACAGUGAUUUCUUAAGUCUGAACGGUCCGCAUGAGCGGAGAGAGAGCGAGAGCGAGAGCGACAUAAUCGGGAAAAGUUCCAAAGGUUCUAGUAUCUACCCGUUGGUCCUGGAGGACCUCGAGAUUCCCACAGACGCAGCGUUCACCUUCCGCGUCUGUGAGGGUGCGUUUAUCUACGAGGGGAGGUAUUACAAGCAUCUGAGCCACAAGAGCGAUACUCACAUACACGCAUCGGAACAGCAGCAGGAUGAUUUGUCGACCCGGGACGUCGCGCCCAUAACCCGAUCGGCCCUGACACAGCCCCUUUCUUUAACGGCAGCUCUCCGCGAAGGCUGCGGUGAGGUAUUGAUCUCUUUCGAUGUGAAAGUUUCAGGAUACUUCUUUUCCGUCAAUGCGUUCGAGGCCAUCUUGAACUUCUUGUGUCUUGAUGUUUCGAGGGAUUGUGCACAUGAUGUUGACAGCCCGCUACCAACGGACGUCGAAAAACAGAUCGUCAUCAGGAAGGUUGGGAAUGAUGGCUGCCUGUGA